AUGGACGAUCACCUCUCCAAGAUCUCCAUGCUGCCUUCCUCUUCUCCCAGCGAAUCCUCAGGGAGCAGCAGUGCUGAUGACAGCCGGGGAGCUAAAAGCCCAGCACCAGGAAAAGCCCUCAGUCCCUCCCUGCUCUGCAAGGUGUGUGGGGACACCAGCAGCGGCAAGCAUUACGGCAUCUAUGCCUGCAACGGCUGCAGUGGCUUCUUCAAGCGCAGUGUCCGGAGGAGGCUCAUCUACAGAUGCCAGGCUGGUACAGGCAUGUGCCCUGUGGAUAAGGCCCACCGCAACCAGUGCCAAGCUUGCCGGCUUAAGAAAUGCCUGCAAGCUGGCAUGAACAAAGAUGCGGUGCAGAAUGAGAGGCAGCCCCGCAGCACCGCUCAGGUGCGCCUGGACGCUAUCGACGUGGACACGGACAAGGAGCACUUGGCCACUACGCGGGAGGCCACGUCCUCUUCGUGCGCCUCUUCCUCCACCUGCUCCGUCAUCGCUCGACCCCGCAUCAGCACCGCCAUCACCUCUUCGGCACCCUCGCAACGCUGCGCCAGCCCUCAGAACAACCAUCGCUUCAUGGCCAGCCUGAUGACCGCCGAGACCUGCGCCAAGCUGGAGCCUGAGGAUGUGGAUGAGAACAUCGAUGUGACAAGUAACGAGCCGGAGAGGGCCUCUUCAGAGUACCACAUGUCACUGUACCCCCCCAGCAGCCCCGAGAAUGUGUACGAAACGUCUGCCCGCCUGCUCUUCGUGUCCGUCAAGUGGGCUAAGAACCUGCCCGUCUUCUCCAACCUGCCCUUUCGAGACCAGGUGAUCCUCCUGGAGGAGGCGUGGAGCGAGCUGUUCCUGCUCUGUGCCAUCCAGUGGUCCCUGCCCCUGGACAGCUGCCCUCUGCUCUCCCUGCCCGAGCUCUCGCCCACCCUGCAGAGCAAAACCAGCCCCUCUGGGGCCGACCUGCGCCUGCUGCAGGAGAUGUUCGGCCGCUUCAAGGCCCUCACCGUGGACCCCACUGAAUUUGCCUGUCUGAAGGCCAUUGUCCUCUUCAAACCAGAGACCAGGGGUCUGAAGGACCCAGAGCAAGUGGAGAACUUACAAGACCAGUCUCAGAUGAUGCUGGGUCAGCACAUCCGCGCGCAUUACUCCAGUCAGCCUUCCAGGUUCGGGAAGCUGCUGCUGAUGCUGCCCUCGUUGCGCUUUGUGGGAUCUGAACGCAUCGAGCUGCUGUUCUUCCACCGGACCAUCGGAAACACACCCAUGGAAAAGUUGCUGUGUGAUAUGUUCAAGAACUAG